GGAGGCGAGGCCGCGGGCGGGGGCCUGGUGGAGUGGAGGGGCAACAAGAUGGCGACGGAGACGGUGGAGCUGCAUAAGCUGAAGCUUGCUGAACUAAAGCAGGAAUGUCUUGCUCGUGGUUUGGAGACCAAAGGGAUAAAACAAGAUCUUAUCAACAGACUCCAGGCAUAUCUUGAAGAGCAUGCUGAAGAGGAAGCAAAUGAAGAAGAUGUACUGGGAGAUGAAACAGAGGAAGAAGAACCAAAGCCAAUAGAUCUUCCUGCCAAAGAAGAAGAACCUGCUGAAAAAACUGUUGACGUGUAACUAUCCUUUUUUUUAAUAAUCUCAUUAC